AUGCUUUUCCACGAUGAGUAUCUGAACCGCGCGGGGAACAAGUUCGAUCGCCUUCGUGAAGUCAAAGUUACGGCAGAAACAACCCAUCAACCCGAUCCUGUGAAGAACUUCGAUGAAGCAGGUUUACAUCCGGUUAUGCGUGAGAAUAUCAAACUAUGUGGCUAUAAGGUUCCCACACCAAUUCAAGCGUACGCCAUUCCAGCAGUUUUGACCGGAAACGAUCUCAUUGCCGUGGCCCAAACAGGCUCUGGCAAAACUGCCGCGUUUCUAAUACCUGUAUUAUCCAAAUUGAUGGGAAAGGCAAAGAAGCUCGCCGCUCCCCGUCCAGACCUGGGCAAUGGGUUCAACGAAUCAUUGGACUGUGUUCGUGCGGAGCCUCUAGUCCUUAUUGUUGUCCCAACCCGCGAAUUGUCAACUCAAAUCUUUGACGAAGCUCGCCGUUUGUGCUACCGUUCUAUGUUGCGGCCCUGUGUUGUGUAUGGCGGUGGUCCUACGCGUGAACAGCGCCUUGAACUCCAAAAGGGUUGCGAUGUCCUCAUCGGGACACCAGGGCGUCUUCUUGACUUCAUGGAGAAGCCGCACAUCCUUUCUCUUCAUCGUGUCAAGUACACCAUUGUUGACGAAGCGGAUGAAAUGCUUCACUCUGAUUGGGAAACCGAACUAAGCAAGCUGAUGUCUGGUGGAGAUACCAACGAAGAUGCAGAUCAUCGCUAUAUGAUGUUCUCCGCGACUUUCAAUAAAGGUUGUCGUGAACUUGCCCGCAAAUUCCUUGCGGCGGACCACGUCCGUAUCCGCAUCGGCCGUGCUGGAAGCGCCCAUCUGAAUGUGAGCCAGAACAUCGUCUACGCGGAAGACCAUUUGAAAAAGCAGGCCCUCUACGACUUGCUUAUUUCCAUGCCCCCUUCCCGUACCCUUGUUUUCGUCAAUACGAAGACCCAAGCCGACCUAAUCGACGAUUACCUGUACAAUAUGGGCCUGCCCAGUACAUCUAUUCAUUCUGACCGUACCCAGCGCGAACGAGAAGAUGCCCUACGUGCAUUCAAGACAGCAAAGUCUCCCAUCAUGGUUGCUACCGGUGUUUCUGCGCGUGGCCUUGAUAUAAAAAACGUCAUGCAUGUUAUCAACUUCGACAUGCCCAGCGCCACUCACGGGGGAAUUGAGGAAUAUAUCCAUCGAAUCGGACGCACUGCCCGUAUCGGAAACGAAGGACUCGCUACUUCUUUCUACAACCACGAUCGUAACAGCGACAUUGCAGCGGACUUAGUUAAGAUCUUGUUAGAGUGCAAGCAGCCCUUGCCUGACUUCCUCGAGUCCGAGAAACCAGAGGGAGAUGACGUUCGCUUCAACGACGAUACGGAUGACGAAGAUGAAAAAACUGACGGGGGGGAUGCUUCUGGGGGGGAUGGAUGGGGGCCUGCGCCAACCGCUACUUCUGCUGAGCCAGAAGCAGCGCCAGGGUGGAACACCGAGAAUCCUAGCAUUGGCUGGUAG